UCUCCCCCACUGCCAGACGCAUGGAGGCCUUUGCCCCCGACCUUGACGCAGCUACCCAUAUCUGGUCAAGGGGUUUACUACAGCCUAGUCGCCAGAGGCACUCAUACACUCAUACGCGCACUUCCUUAGGCGCUGCCCGUCCUCCUUCCUGUUGGAAGCCGUACAGACACGUUGGUCACCCGUGGACACACCGCCGCACCAGCCAUGAGUCCAAAGAAAGAGGCAGCAUCCCAGGACUUCCUGGACGCCAACCAAUACUCCCGCGACUCCAUCCUCCGCUACGAGAGGAUCUUCGGGCACACCUGGGUCUCCACAGGGGGAGAAACGACAACCAAGGAUUUUUUGAUUAAGUUAGGCCUGGAGCCUGGACAACGCGUGCUGGACGUGGGCUGCGGCACGGGCGGCUCGGCAUUCUUCAUGGCCAGGCACUAUGGCGUGUCCGUCCACGGCAUUGACCUGUCCAGCAACAUGAUCAACAUUGCUCAAGACCGACUAAACCGUGAAGAAAAGAUCAUCCAAGAAAAAGUGACGUUCGAGCUUGGGGAUAUAACCAAGAUAGAGCUCGACAUGAACAGCUAUGAUGUUAUUUACUCUCGAGACACCAUCCUGCAUAUACCAGACAAGGAGGGACUCUACAAGACUUUUUUCACGUGGCUUAAACCCGGAGGCGUCCUGUUUGUCACGGAUUACUGCCAGGGAAACCAAAAACACUCACAGGAGUUCCUGGACUACGUUCGUGCGCGAGGUUAUGACUUACGAACUGUGCAUGAGUACGGGGAGGUGGUGCUGCAGGCAGGCUUCCGGGAGGUGCAGGCAGAAGACCUCACCAAGACCUUUAUCUCCAUCCUCACCAAUGAACUCAAGUACUUCGAGCCCCAGCAAAAAGCUUUCAUCAAAGACUAUUCUGAAAAGUCUUACGAAGAUAUUGUCAAUGGGUGGAACGCCAAGCUGGUUCGCUGCAAGGCUGGAGAUCAAGCUUGGGGAAUGUUCAUUGGUAAGAAGUAACAAGGAGGAUUGCAAUAUCUCAAGUCUGUUUGUAAAAAUUAAAAGUAUCAUGAAAAA